AUGGCCCUAGUAUCGGGCCCUGGGAGAGCUGGGGUUAGCCCCACAGGCUCGGACCUACACACCUCUAAGCAUGUCACUUACAUUAAGAAUCUCGAUACUAGGAAAGAUGAACUAGAAUAUUGGCUUACAGAACACCUUCGACUAAAUGGUGUAUACUGGGGUCUUACAGCCCUGCAUAUUCUAGGUCGUCCAGAUACGCUACCUCGAGAUCAGACCAUCGACUUCGUCCUUUCGUGUCAAAAUAACAAUGGAGGAUUUGGUGCUGCCCCAGGUCAUGAUGCCCAUAUGUUGUACACCGUCUCUGCAGUUCAGAUCCUCAUAACCAUUGACGCUGUCGAUGAACUCGAGAAGCGGGGCCGAGGUGGGAAACAGAAAGUUGGGUCUUUCAUUGCAAACCUACAAAAUCCAGACGGAUCCUUCAUGGGAGACCAGUGGGGCGAAACAGAUACACGGUUCUUAUAUGGUGCCCUCAAUGCAUUGUCGCUAUUGCGUCUAAUGGACCUAGUCGAUGUUCAAAAGGCCGUUUCUCACAUUCAAAGUUGCGAGAACUUGGAUGGAGCUUAUGGUAUUCGCCCCGGUGCCGAGUCCCACGCUGGCCAGGUCUUUACUUGCAUUGGCGCAUUGGCCAUCGCUGGUCGCUUGGACCUGGUGAAUAAAGACCGCCUUGGAGCUUGGCUCAGCGAGCGCCAGAUCGAAAGCGGUGGCUUUAAUGGUCGACCGGAGAAGCUUGCAGAUGCGUGCUAUAGCUGGUGGGUUGGAUCAAGCCUUGCCAUGAUCGACCGUCUACAUUGGAUCGAUGGCAAGAAGCUUGCUGCGUUUGUUUUACAAUGCCAGGACCCUGAUGCCGGUGGCUUUGCUGAUCGACCAGGAAAUAUGGUGGAUGUGUACCAUACACACUUCAGUCUUGCAGGCCUGAGCCUAUUGAAGUUCAAUGGCCUUGAAGAGAUAGAUCCUGUUUAUUGUAUGCCUAAGUCAAUCACUACCAAAUGCCUUGCGGGGGCUUCCAUCAUGCAGGACCCGGUCCUCCAGUGCAGCAUCUGCCCUGGGCAGCCCGAUUUCAGUGAUGUUUCCCAUCUGUUGACCCAUGCCGCCUCCAAGGCUCAUCUAGCCAACCACUUCAAGCUCAAGCUUCGCGCAGAUGAUGAGAACGCAGUCGAGCUUCUCAGAGAAUACGACGAAUGGUUUGACGCCAAUGGCUUCGCGAAGCAGCUGGCUGCUCGUAUGGCCAACAAAGAAACCCGGAAGAAAAGAAAGUCGGACGAAGCAUCGAUUUCCGAUGCUGGUAAACGCACAAGGACCCAAGCACCCAAUGUCGAGCCUGAGAGCUCCACCACUCCUGCAGCCACAACCACCUCGGGCCUUGAUUGCCUCGAUCCUCGCCUGGCUGAUUCCCAGGACGACCAGCAACAUGCGGAUGCAAUCCUCGCACCAACUACACCAAGCCCCUUGCCUAUGACGAACAACAAUGCUACAUCUCGAACAGGUCCGACUCUUCGCUUUUUGCGAUCCUCGAAUCCCGCAAAGUUAAACGUGUUGCAUCCCAUGCAUGCUUCUGGACUCGGCGAUGAAACCCGAUCAUUGGCUUUGCCUGUCACGCCGAUGCAGCGCCGACACAGACCGCAACCCUUGGAAAGAACCUGGGCUUCCAGCAGGGAUACUCCUGAUCCUUUUAUUGACUCUGGUGAUCAGACUCAGGUAUCUGGUGAUGCCGAAAUCGACAAGACUCGGGCUGAAGAAAUGGCAAGACUUAAGGGAGUUCAGUGGCCAGGCAUGGAUAUUUUUGAUUCCGCGACGGUGCAGAUGCGUCGUCGACGCAACCAGAAGAAGGAUAGUGCUGUAUUGAAGACGAUGGAGCUUACUUCUUCGCUCGUGGAGCCAAACGAAAUGGUCUUCUCCCCAGGAGGAACUCUAUUGAAGGAGCGUGAGAUCACGGGCAAUGUGGAGGAUUACAGCCCGUUGAAAGGGGAGACUCCAAUUCCCAGACGAAGCGUCACUCGUACCAAGAUCGCCCGCUUGACCAAAGCGGACCCCAACGUGCCCCGUGCUGCGGACAGAAAACGACAGAAGAUAGACCGCAAGAACGUUGAAGAAGGACCAGUCAGAAAAGAGCAACAUUCUCCCCGCCGCUCGCGCCGCGCGGCAGCCCGCACUCAGUCUUAUGUUGGUGACGAUGAAGAAUUUGGUUUUACUGUCAACACCUUUGGCAAACGGGCGAGGGGUGGAUUUAAUGUUUUCGUUGAUGCGGAACAGGAAGGAGAGGAUAUCAAACCAUCUUACCAGGAACCGGGAUUCAAAACGCAGUUUGACACAUUGACCCCCACUCGGCUUGUUUUGAACGAAAAGACGAACACCGGUAUUCAUGCCCCGAGAAUUGGGCACACAUCCGUUUACAAGGAAAAUAUUGAGCCUAUUCUGAACCCCCAAGGCCGAAUUGGCCCCCAUGAUUGGCACUCUCUAUUCGCCAAGCGCACCGACACUGAUGAAUUUGGAUUUGGCCCUCCAUACUUUUCUGAUAUUGGCGAUUCAUACGACAACUUUGACAAGGCUGGGUAUCGAUUCAACCCUCUCCAAGCCCCUUCCAACCACCCUUUCUACGACCCCCAGUACGAAGAGCAUGAUGCAAACCACAAUGGCUGGCUUUCAAUGGAGCAGACAGCCCCAUCCGAAGAAACUCUCUCGGAGGAGGACCAAAUGCUUCAGUCGUACUAUUUGUGUGCCGAUGCAAACUAA